AUGGCUAAAAACGCACCAAACAAAAGACAAUAUUCUGAUGAUUAUAUUAAAUAUGGCUUUUCCUUUGUUGAGAAAAGGGGAACUCAAUUACCGCAGUAUAUUAUCUGUCAAAGCGUUCUGAGCAACGAUGCAAUGCGACCUAGUCGUUUGGAUAGACAUUUGUUUACGAAUCAUUUCGCUGUGGAAGACAAGCCGGUUGAUUUUUUUAUAAUGAAAAAAGACAGUCUUGAGCGCAUGAAACUUGAUGCGACUGGAAGUUUUCGAUUAAACAAUGAUAAAGCUGUUGAGGCUUCUUACAUGAUUGCCUUGUUGAUAGCAAAAGAUAAAAAGCUUUAUACCAUCGAUAUUAAAAGGUUUCUAACAGAAGUGGCAAGACAAUUAGUGCCAAAUAAUGAAGAACUCGAAGAAACUGAAAAUUUGGGAUAG